AUGGGAAAAGGAUUUCAAAAUUUUAUGUCCAAGAAGGAUUUUCAUCCUUCGGCCAUAUGGAAUUUGAAAAGGAAAUAUGAAGCACUUGAAAAACAAAAAAUGGAAGAAAAAAGGCAGGCAGAAAUGGAUGAGUUAUAUAAAAAAGAACAAGAAAUUUUAGAACAUAAAGCACUUCUUGGAGAUGAAAAAGCUAAACUUGGUCUUAGUUUUAUGUAUGAUGCUCCAGCAGGUAUAAAUAAAAGAGAAGAAGAAAAUAAACCAGAACCUAAAUUUGAAUGGCAAAGGAAAUAUAAUGCUCCAAGGGAGGCGUAUGCUAGAAACAAUGACCAAAUUGUAGAUCAGCCAUUUGGUAUUGAAGUGAGACAUGUAAGAUGUGUAAAAUGUAAAAAAUGGGGACAUCUUAAUACUGAUAGUGAAUGUCCAAUGUUUUCAAAAGACGAUGAAUUUACCAGUACUAAUCCCUCAGAAAUAUUUAAAGCUGGAAAAGCAAACUCAUCAGUUGCAACUAAACAAGAGCCUUCUGUAAGUAAAGGACAAUUGAUAUAUGAAAUGAAAGAAGAGCAUGGAUUAUUAUUAAAAGAAAAGAUAUUAUCUAAUAUUCGUACAGAUGAAUGCUUGACGUCUCUUGCGAUGCAGAUAAAUAUAAAAUACUUCAAAAAAUUCUUAAAAAAGAGGCAAAAAAAGAAAAGAAAAAAAAAAGGCGUGAAGAAAAAAAAAAGCACAAAUGUAAAUAAAUUAAUGUCUAAUGUACAAAAAACUAUUUCAAAAAAAGAAGCUCAAAGACAAGCUAUAGAUUUAUCAGAAGCUUUAGAUGGAUUAAGUAAUUUAUUGUUUAAAUUGGUUGAAAGAAAACGACAAUUAAUUCUUGAACAUGAUAUGUUGAAAGAGGAAUUGGUCAAGAAGUCAUCAAAUAAACAAAAUAAAUAA